AUGAAUCGCAUCGCUGCGUUUGUGCUGCUGUGUCUAGCCUCUUCGGCGAGUGCUGAAGAUGGAUCCCUCCGGACCGCUGACUGGCAAGGACGCAUCAUCGGUGGAAUGAACGCCGUCAUGGGUCAGUUCCCGUACCAGGUGUCUCUACGGACGACUUCGGAUUUCCACUUCUGCGGUGGAGCCAUCAUAGGAGACCGCUGGAUCCUCACGGCGGCACACUGCGUCAUCGAUCGUAAGCCCUCCAACGUGAUCGCCGUCACGGGUGCUCUCACCACGGCCCAGACCGGGUUCGCCUACGACAUCCAGCAGUUCGUGGUGCAUCCGGACUACAACGAUUGGACGCAGCAAAACGACGUAGCGGCCGUGCGGACGAUCAUGACUAUGCACUUCAACACGGCCGUGUUCCCGGUGAAGAUGGACCGCUCGUUUACGGCUGCUAACCGAGCGGUUCUUGCUUCCGGCUGGGGUCUUAUGUCGACUGGAGCACCUAUACCGGCCAAAGUGCUGCAGUACGUGGCACUGCGUACGAUCAGCAACGCUGACUGCAAGCAGCGAUUCAGCAAGCUCACGAACCGAGUUAUCGAGGCCACCAACCUGUGCACGUACAGCCGGACCGCGCAGGGUACCUGUAUGGGUGAUUCCGGUGGUCCACUCGUGGACGACGGCAAGCUGGUGGGACUCGUGUCCUGGGGUAUCCCGUGUGCUGUCGGCUAUCCUGACGUGUAUGUACGUGUGUCGGCAUUCCGCGCCUGGAUCUCUGCAAUCACUGGCAUCUUCGUUUGA